AUGCACGCGAACCCGGCGAAACAAAAAGAUCUGGUCGUUAACCUAACAAAAAAACAUUUGACCGUCGGUGUCAAAGGUCAACCUCCCAUAGUGGACGAUGAUUUUCCCUACGAAAUCAAGCUGGAGGAGUCCACAUGGGUGAUAGAAGACGGUAAAAGUUUGCUAAUCAAUUUAGAAAAGAUAAACAAAAUGAACUGGUGGAAUAAAUUGGUCAAGUCUGAUCCGGAAAUAAGCACGAAAAAAAUCAACCCGGAACCGUCGAAACUGAGUGAUUUGGAUGGGGAAACCCGUGGACUGGUUGAGAAGAUGAUGUACGAUCAAAGGCAAAAAGAACGAGGACUUCCCACAAGCGAUGAUCAAAAGAAACAGGACAUUUAUGCAGCAACACCCAGAAAUGGACUUCUCAAAAUGUAA